UGCGCGUGCGUGCCCCGUUCCGCUCGGCUCGCGUUGCCUCUGGCCAGUUUGCCGACCGCUUCCAGUCGGUGCUGUUUUCCUCCGUCUGUUCUCGCUCACCUGUCCCGGCUAUCCGCCCGCUCGGCCCCGCGAAGAAAAUGGACCUAAGCAAGUGGUCCGGACCCUUGAGCCUGCAGGAAGUGGACGAGCGGCCGCAGCAACCGCUGCAGGUCAAAUACUCCGGGGUGGAGAUCGACGAGCUGGGCAAAGUGCUGACGCCCACCCAGGUUAAGAACCGGCCCACCAGUAUUGUAUGGGAUGGCCUUGAUUCAGGUAAACUCUACACCUUGGUCCUGACAGACCCGGACGCUCCCAGCAGGAAGGACCCCAAAUUUAGGGAAUGGCACCAUUUUCUGGUGGUCAACAUGAAGGGCAAUAACAUCAGCAGUGGCACAGUCCUCUCCGAUUAUGUGGGCUCUGGGCCUCCCAAGGGCACAGGCCUUCACCGCUACGUCUGGCUGGUGUACGAGCAGAACGGCCCACUGAAGUGUGACGAGCCCAUUCUCAGCAACCGAUCUGGAGACCAUUGUGGCAAAUUCAAGGUGGCAUCUUUCCGCAAAAAGUAUGAGCUCGGGCCCCCAGUGGCUGGCACAUGUUACCAGGCGGAAUGGGAUGACUAUGUGCCCAAACUCUACGAGCAGCUGUCUGGGAAGUAGGGGAAAGCCAGGAGACAGAAAUCACCCCAGAAGUCCCAAGCAGUGUCCUCAAGUUCUGUGGUGUAUGUAGAUUUUUCCUCCUCUAUUCCCAUUCUCAUAGAUGAGACCUGAGCAGAUAGUAGUUUAAGGUGACUUUUUCUUCUGCCUGUCCUUUAUAAUUACACAGGGUCACACACCCUGGUUUAUGUUUUGAUCUAAUUUUAACUCCAUUUUAGGCGAUACUUUGGUACUAUGAUGGGGUCAUCAGAUUGUUAAUGUAGGAAUAGCAAUCCGGAAUUUAAAAAAGAAAAAAAUUAGAGAAGAACAGGUCUAUAGUAAUAGGGCAGAGCAUCAAAAAAUCUUUAAAAGAAGUUAAAAAAUUCAUUGCCUCUGCCUUUGUAAGCCUAAGUCCAGGAUUGUGCAUAGUGGAAUCCUCUGAGGGGUGUUUUCACGGUCCAGUCUCUCACCAAACAACUAGAGCCUGGCGUGUCCACUAACCCCCAAUAUGGUACAUCUCAGAUUUGUUACUACGUGUCAGUAUUCUGUUCUGGCUCCUUCAAAGAGCAUUAUUAUAAGAGCCAAUGGGAGAGUUGCUUUCCUAUUGAGGCGUGACCAUCUAGAUGAGCUGCAGGGCUGGGUGAAAGAUUUGUCAGAAAUUUGUUAAGCCUGUGCCUGUUAAAUUGAUCACUCUUCAUUGGUGUAAGAAAAGCCUGUCUGGAGUUGCUACAUGUUGUGUUAAUUCUGCAAUUUGAUUCUAGUUGAAUAAAAUGAAAACAUUGUGAGGACAAA